CGUUGUGGGACCGUUGGGGCGGGCGGCGGUGGCGGCGGCGCGCGCUGCGGGCAGAGUGUGGAGGCGCGGACGCGCGGCGGAGCUCGAGCUGCUGCAGCUGCUGCCGCCGCCGGAGGAACCUUGAUCCCCGCGCUCCGGACACCCCGGCUUCGCCAUGGCUGACCAGCUGACUGAGGAGCAGAUCGCAGAGUUCAAGGAGGCCUUCUCCCUGUUUGACAAGGAUGGAGAUGGCACUAUCACCACCAAGGAGCUGGGGACAGUGAUGAGGUCCCUGGGACAGAACCCCACUGAAGCAGAGCUGCAGGACAUGAUCAACGAGGUGGAUGCAGAUGGGAAUGGGACCAUUGACUUCCCAGAGUUCUUGACCAUGAUGGCCAGAAAGAUGAAGGAUACGGACAGCGAGGAGGAGAUCCGAGAGGCCUUCCGUGUCUUUGACAAGGACGGCAACGGCUACAUCAGCGCGGCGGAGCUGCGUCACGUCAUGACGAACCUGGGUGAGAAGCUGACCGACGAGGAGGUGGAUGAGAUGAUCCGAGAGGCCGACAUUGAUGGGGAUGGCCAGGUCAACUAUGAAGAGUUUGUACAGAUGAUGACCGCGAAGUGAAGACCCGGGCAGCUGGCAAUGCCCGUUCUCCUGAUCUCUCUCUCCUCGCGCGCGCUCUCUUCGACACUCCCCUGCGUUCCGGUUCUAGCAAACACCAGUCGGUUGACUGAGAAUCUGAUAAAGCCACAAAAGAUUUGUCCCAAGCUGCAUGACUGCUCUUCCUCCCCCUCCAGUCCCCUUCCCACCCUCAUCUCCUCCUCUCCCUUCCCCCUCCACCAACCUCUGCCGGGGCCUGAGGCGUUUAUAAGAUGAGCCCCCUUCCCCCUGGGGGAGCCUCUGCCCUCCUCCUCCAGCCCGGGCAGCUCUCCUCUGUUUCAGUUUGCUCCCUUCCAUGUGUCAUCUUGUUUUGGGUGCGGGGGUGGCUGCCAGCCCUGUCCAGGACCUGCUAGGGAGGAGAUAAGGCCCUUGCCUGGGCAGAAGAGCACGCCUUUGUCGUUGCAUGCAACCAGCCCCGUGAUUCUGUGUGCAAAUCCCAGCAGCCUAUGGGGCAAGGGGCCGAGAGAGGUGUUCCAGGACUGAGGCUUGUGAUGUUGUCCGGAUGUGGCCCUGGAGGGGGUUGAGGGGCCAGGGAGUCUUGGAAGCUGGCAUUCUUUUCCCACUUGAAGGGCCAAUUUGUGGCGGGGACAGACAGAGUGGACAGCACCCAGACCCCGCUGGCUGCUCCCCGAAACCCUCCGAUUGGCUUCCCGGUGCCGGGCUGCCGGGGGCUGCCCAGCUGGCCGCUCUGCAGACCAUACCACCCGCGCCCCUAAAGCACCCUCCAGCUGUUCUGUAAAUACUUGGUGCUAAAGUCUCUGCCACUCCUCCCUCCUGACCCCGCCCCCUGCAUCGCCCUCCCUAGCGGGGCCGGUGUGGGGACGGUCGCUUUGUAAUGUGCUGGUUAUCCUGUUGUGUUUUUUUUUUCUUUAUGCCCCUGAAAACUAAUUUUUGUCCAAACCAUGCUGGGCUAGCUGAAAGGUGGAGAGAGGGGAGGUGCGCCCCACCACACCCUCAAGAGAAACACCUGCAAUAAACAAUCUUGGCGGCUAGCGGCUGGCUGCCCGGAGGACCGGCGGUGGAGGGCAGCUCUGCCUCCUGGUCAGCCGUCCCCUCCCACUUCUCCAUGGUGACCUGCGGGCUCCCUCACAUCUGCGCUGUCUCUGUGCCCUCCUCUGCCCUGCACCGCACCCUCCCCCCCCCCCCCCGCCCACCUGCCUGCCCACCCCCACCUCCAGCGGAGAGCAUGAUCCGUGACCUCGCUUCUGACUUUCGCCUCUGGGACAAGUAAGGCAAUGUGGGCAGUUCGGUCGUCUGGGUUUUGUUUUUCUUUUCCUUUUUCUGUUCAUUUCAUCUGCCCUCCCACCCCCAGGUCGAUCGAGUGGCUUUUCCUGGGACCUGCCCAGCUUUGAGAAUCUCUUCUCGUCCACCUCUGGCACCCGCCUCUGGGGGAGGGGAGGGGAGGGGAGGGGAGGGACUGGACACAGGGGGAGACCCAACCAAGAGCUGAGGGUAAGGGCAGGUGGGCGUGAAGCUGUGGUCAUUUUCGGAGUGUUUUGGUUUUGGUUUUAUUUGGUUCUUUUUUUUAAACCGGGCAAUAUUGUGUUCAGUUCAAGCUGUGAAGAAAAAUAUAUAUCAGUGUUUUCCAAUAAAAUACAGUGACUACCUGA